AUACAAUUGUAUCAAAAAGAGAAAGAAAGAUAGCGAUUUUAAAAGUUGUACAUUCUAGAGUUUUGAUUCCCACACAUCAACUAUUUCAUAUCUGUUUUUUUACACAACUUUUAUGUGUUAAAAUGUGAACAUUUUAAAUGUGGACAUUCCUACAUCAAUUGCAGAUAUGAAAUAGUGGAUGUAAACUAUUGUGAAAAUAUUUUUCUUCUACUUCAGAGUUAAAUUAAACCACCAACUAUAGCACUUGCUAAUUUCUAAAAAGCAUUCUGUAACUUUUUUUACAUCAAUUGUGUAGAUUGGGAACAAUAAGAGCUUUGAUACAUCUUUAAGAAAGCCAAGGUUAGCAUAUCCAUUGCGCUAUUAAACUAGUUUUUCCUGUUUGUUGAAUGAAUAAACUAGGCUUUUUAAUAAUAAGGUCAAAACAAAAGUUAUAAGAAUCCUAUGGUAGGUAUUGCAAACUUUAGAAAUCACAUAUAACUUCCAUUUCUCAACAAACAGCACCACCUACUGUUCCCACUAUUUGACAUGUCAAAGGAGAUGGAAAUUAAUCUUUCAAAGAUCACACUUCGUCCAUACAAAAUUUCAGAUGUUGAUGACUUCUUAAUGUAUGGUGGCAAUGAAAAAGUGACGCGCUUCACAAGGUGGAACACCUUCACCUCCAAGCAAGAAGUAGUUUCUUACAUCAAUGACUAUUGCAUUCCACACCCUUAUUGCAGAUCCAUAUGCAUAGACAACCGUUCAAUUGGUUUUGUUAUCAUAAUGCCACGUUCCAGUGAUGACCGGUGUAGGGCAGAUGUUGGAUAUGCCUUAGCUGCUGAGUACUGGGGGCAUGGUAUAACAACUAGAGCAGUGAAGAUGGCUAUUAGUGAAGGGCUAAAAGAGUUCCCAGAUGUGGUCAGGUUUCAAGGUUUGGUUGAGUUAGAGAAUAAGGCUUCUCAGAGGGUCUUAGACAAAGCUGGCUUCCUCAAGGAAUGUGUGUUGAGGAAGUAUAGCUUUAAUAAAGGUGAGACUAGGGAUAUGGUCAUGUACGGUCUUUUAUCUACUGAUUUUAUGCCUUGAAAACUGGGAAAAUUAUUAG